UGGUAGCCGUGAUUGUGAGCUUCUUGUGGAAUCUCUGUUCGCGACGGAGUUGGACGGAGUCGUCGCGGAUCGACCCCGUUUUCCUAGUAUCGUGCACAGCCGACGCUUCCCGCGCGCCGACCUUUAACUGGCCCUGAACCGAGCCGAGUCGAACCGAACCGCCCCGAACACCUCUCGUUGCGCGUUGUGUUGCCCGAGGAUACGACAAUUGUGGAUGGUAGUUUCAUCAAUCAGCAACUCAAGUUUGGCGACGACGAGGACGAAAACGGCGAGAGAUCAGAGGUGCGAGGACGACAAGGACGAGGGCGAGAGGUGCGAGAUGCACCGGCGUUGAUCGCGUCUCGGGUCGAUGAGAUCGACGGAAAAGGGCAGCAAAAUCAGGUACUACGUCGGCAUGCAGAACGGCGAUAGCGAGAAGGCGCGCACCGCCACGGAGGACCGCGAGGACCACGAGGCGCAGAGUAGCGACGACGGCGCCGAGGAGGCCACCGAGGAUCGCGACGAGGAGGCGCCGAGUUGCGACGACGGCGCCGAAGAGACCGCCGCGGAUCGCGAGAACGACGACCCGAGUCCCGAGAGUACCGUAACCGCGGAACGCGACGACGAGGAUCUGACGAAUUGCGACGUCGAGCAGACCGCCGCCGCCGCUGCCGCCACCACCGCUGUUACCGCCGCGGACCGCGGCGACGACCGGGAUCGCAAGGAGACGCGCAAAUCCGUGAAGAAGGGUGACUGCGUCUGGACCAUGUAUCUUCCGUCCACCUCGGGGAAGGAGGCGCUCGCCGUAUCAAACGAUAAUUACGGCUGCGAGCACUAUAAGCGAAAGUCCAAAUUUGUGACUCCAUGCUGCAACAAAGUGUACACUUGUCGAUUUUGCCAUGACGAACAGGAGGCACACACAGUGAAUAGGAAAGAAGUUACAGAAUUGAUAUGUGUUCUUUGCGAUACUCGUCAACCUGUCCAAGCUACUUGCCAAAAUUGUCACUGUCAAUUUGGGAAAUACACAUGCCUAGAGUGUAAUCUGUUUGAUGAUGAAGAUAAGAAUCAGUACCACUGUGACGGGUGUGGAAUAUGUAGAGUUGGUGGCCGUGACAAAUUCUUUCACUGUGCCAAGUGUAAUAUGUGCUUGCCGAUUCAGUUACAAAAUGGACAUACGUGCAUAGAAAAUGUCUCUCAUUCCAAUUGUCCCGUGUGCCUGGAAGACAUUCAUACAAGUCGCAUACCAUGUCACAUUCCUGAUUGCGGGCACUUGCUUCACCGUAUGUGUUUUGAGGAACUGUUGAACUCGGGACAUUACGCCUGCCCGUCCUGUCAGGUGUCUCUCCUAGACAUGACGGACUUGUGGAAGUAUCUGGACGCGGAGGUGUCGCUGACUCCGAUGCCGGAGGAAUAUACCGACUGUAAAACCGAUAUCUUAUGUAAAGACUGCCACGAGGAAUCUACGGUAAAGUUUCACAUCGUCGGGUUGAAGUGCUUAAACUGUGGUAGCUACAAUACCUGCAGGAUAAAAGGUUCUCCCUGUUCAGAUCCCGAUGGCCUAAAUGAAGCAGCUGGUAUUACAGAAGAAAAAGAAGGAUCGUAAAGCCAAAGCUUGGAAUAUUAUCCAAUAUUCAUCGAUCGUGAAAGGAAUAUACUAUAAUAGCGAUGAUAGAAUAUUUUAUAAAUUUUAUUUUUGUUUUAUCUUUUUGUAGUAAAUUGGACUUUUGUUGCCUUCGUAGUAUCUUUCGAUCGAAGAUACUUUUUGUUAGCUAAAGUUAGUACAGUAAAUUAAACAUCGGUUAAAUGACCGUUAAUAUUAUCGAAACUAAUGCAGAACUUUGAUGGUCAUUUUAUGACACUUAGCACAAUCUUCGAGUUAAGUAUAUAAAUGAUUUUAACGCAAGUUAACAUAAUAUUAACAAAAAAAUAUUUCUGCAAAUUGGUUUUAAGUUACUAUUAAAAAUAUACUAGUUGAUAAAGUGGUCAACACAUGAAAAUAUUUUGCAGAUAUUCUUUUUCACAUACAUUAUGUUUGCAAAGAUAUCAAUUUUUAUAUUUUUAUCUUGCACGGAACAUUCCAGACUUAUCAUUAUUAAAAUAUUGUGGGUGCAAUACUUGGGUGGGUGUAAUAUUGUGGAAAAGUGCAAUAUUUGAUAAAUUUAAAGUUGAUUUUUUUAACCUUCUGCUACAGAGCCAUCCGUCAUUUGUUUCGUAAACGUGCGGAGCGCUAAGGGUUAAUGUUUUAUUUUAUUGCAAUUUUUCCAUUUCCAAUCAAUUUAUUGUAAUUAACUUUUUACACCUUAAAAACUAUAAUUACUGUAACAAUUUUGGGAAAAGAUUUGAAUUUUUGGUUGGACUCCAAAUUGCUUAAAAAAAAUUAUCAAUAAAAAUUCUGUGCGGUAGAUCUUCGCAUAUUUGUAUGUAUUUCUGCGUAUUUCUUAAGUCUGGUUACAUUAAUUUUCAAAAUAGCAACUGCGGUAAUAGCCGACUACUACAAGUACACCUAAGGUAAUAAUUGUGAAAUGGCAGUGUGUACGUACGUAUGUAUGUAUGUAUGUAUGUAUGAACGUGUGUUUAAGAAAAGAAGGAAAAGUAAUACGAGAUAGUUUAAAAUUUUUCAUAUUAUUAGACAAUGUAGCACGGUGUCACCCUAUCUCUUAAGUAAUAUCUGCGAAAUUCUAUCAUUGGCAGUGAAAGAUAAUUCAUACACAGCAUCCUUGCCAUAUUAAAAUAUAUAAACGGAUGGCCUAAUUGAUUAUAUUUUAAACGACUGCAUUUCAUCAGUCGACCGUAUAGAAACAAGUACUAAAUCUGAUAAAUUUCUAUUUGUUCAAUCGCUUAGAAGCUUCCAGCCUUACACAUUCUGUUUUAUUUAGGAAAAGAUCUCAUUUAGUCGUAAUCUAGUCGCGGAAGAUUGAGCGUAUAUUGUUGCUCCUAUUACGAUUUUUCUCAUAAGUAUAAAUAUUUUAUAUAAAAUACAAAUGAAUCCACAUACACAUACGGGUGGCACACACUAAUGCAACAAUAAAAUGUAUCAAUGUAGUGAAUAAUUAGGGAAAAAUACUUUUUCGUUGACUAAUGCUGAGAUAUUAUGUAUGUACCAGUGCAUUUCUCGAUGUGCAUAUACAUAUUGAAUUUGCAUUUCUCACGAGAGAAAAGCAUUCCUCUAGCAAGCUCUAAUAUAUAUAUGUAUUCAUCUAUGGUUACAUAAAUCUACGUAAUCUGAUUUAGUAUAAUUGUACACAUAUAUAGAUGAAAUACUCGAAUAAUUGCGGCAUUAGUCUUGCUAUCUUGUCACAUUUGAUAAAAAAUAAUUUUUCUUAUUACCAAAUAGCUAUUGUCGAGUAUAGCUCAUGUAUGUACUUUAUGAUAAACUUUAUGAUCUGAAAACAUUCGACAAGCACGAUAGCUUUCAUUAAAGCUUGAAUUUGACAGUUUCGUAGAAUUUUUUAAAAUACUAAGUCAAGUGUCACUUGAACUGCAAUUUUUCAAGGUUUGCAAAUGCAUUUUUGCAAAGCUUGGUUUUUGACAAAAAAAAACCCAAAUUGACACUCGUAACUUCAUCAUUCCAAUUAUCAUUCGCAUUUUAGUGACUAUCAGUGAUAUUUGAACAUUUUUAGUGAUGUUUUAGUGAUAUUUUUAAUAAAUUAUAAAAUAUUGAGCAGUUCCUAAAAAUCUGUAAGUUUCUUUUUUAUAUAAAUGUUAUAAAAAUGAAGCAUACUUAGAUGCAAAAGUAGCGAAAAUGUUUUAGGCUGCUCGAUAUUGUUAUAAUUCCAUUUAUUAGCAAACAGCAAAAAAUAAUUGUCACAUUUGUUAAAUAUUCUGCAUACAUAUAUAUGUAGAUUUUUCAGGAAUGAUAUUAAUAGGUGCUAUGAUAAUUACAUUUAAUUGUAUAUUAUUACUAGUUCCAUGAAAACAACUUUAUUAAUGUUAAAUGUUUACCUGUUUAGGAUCUGUCAACAGAUUAAAAACAUUUUGCAUAUUAUGUGUCCAAUCAAGCAGUAGAAAAAUUUUGUGACACAGAAUGAUAUACGUAGAUUCCAUUGUGAUUAUUAUCACGAUUUUAUUUUAUUCACUUGUAAAUUAAAUAUGAAUUACAAAGGCUCUUUGUACAUAAUGGUUGCAAUAAUGAUUUUGUUUUAUAUUACGUAUAAUAUACUACUGUGUAUCAAAUAAAU